CGAUUCUGAGGCAAUAAUUUGUUGAUGUUUCAGUCAAUCAGUUUAAUUUAUUUUCGUUUUCUUUUCAUUUCUCAUUUGUUAAUUGUUAUUGUGUAAAUUUAUUCUCCACCGAAACAGUUUCAUCAUUACAGUUUUGUUGAUAUUUUAUCUAAUUGCUUGUUGUUUGUGGCUUUGGUUUCCUUUCUUGGUUAACCUUUUUUGUUUUCUUCUUUUUUCCUUUUUCCUUCUUCUUCUUAUUUUUACAAUGGGACCUCAAAGGAAAAAGAAAAGAGAUGAACCUGAUGAGGCAAGUUGUUCUCGAGAUGGUUACACUUCUGAUUCUAAUUCAGAUUCAUCGGAAAUCUCAGAAUCUGAUCCUGAUAAAGUGCAAUAUGCUAAAGUUAAUCGCGUCUCCAUGGAUAAAAAUAGUGACGAGUAUCGGAAAAAGCGACAACGUAAUAAUAUUGCUGUUAAAAAAUCUCGACACAAAUCAAAGAUAAAGACCAUGCAAACCUUACAACGAGUUAAUGCUCUUAAAUCGGAAAAUGAUGAACUUCAACAGAAAAUUGUUAUUCUCUCUAAAGAAUUGGCUCUAUUGAAACAACUUUUCAUGGCUCAUGCUAAAAAUGCUCAUGGUACCGAGAUAAAUGACAAUGAGCUGAAGGAAUUUUUCUCUGCGGAAACUUAUCAAGAAUUGACCAGUAAUAACAGUUAAUCAAUAAUCAGCAAAAGUGUUUAUCAAUUUGGCGAAAAAAAAAAAAAGACCGUGACAAAGAUGAAUAAAGAAAAAUACAUUUUCCCCAAUCAAAUUCACAAACACAAACACACAAAACUUAUACAAUGUAAUUCCCCUUCUCUCUCUCUCUAUCCAUCUCAUUAUACAAACGAAAAUCUUCAAUUAUUUCAUCUAAUUUCUUAUCCCUUAAAAUACCUUAAUUCCAUGUAAUUAAUCUAAUAUAUUCUAUCAAAAAAAAAAAGAAAUCGAAAAUCAAAAAAAAGAACCACAAUAAACAUUAAGUUGUAUUGAUCGACAAACGUAA